AUGGGCGACAACGCACAGAUGCGCGAUACAUUUUGGUACAAGACGACGGGAAUGGAGUUCUUAACGACGGCGUUUAAGACAGCUAACUCUGUUAAAAAGUCGCUCGGUCUUAAGACGAAGUUGUACUACAAUGACUACAACACCAACACGAUCAACGCGAAAUCUACCGCUGUGUUGAACAUGGUCAAGAAGCUGAUGGACGAGGGAGUCGUCAUCGACGGCGUUGGCUUCCAGUCCCACUUCCAGUAUACCGACAAGUCGACAGCCGCUGACCAGGUGGCGAACUUUGAGCGCUUCACAGCCCUCGGAUUGGACGUUGCUCUUACUGAAGUGGACGUAACGGCGAGCUCGAACUCGCCGUCGGCAGAGGAGCAACAGCAGCAGUCCAACGUCUAUAAGAACACUGUUGCAGCUUGCAAGCAAGUGAAGCGCUGUGUCGGUGUGACGAUCUGGGGCUACGUCGACAACUACUCGUGGCUCAAAACUAAGGCCCCGCUGCCGUGGUACCAGCCAGGAGGAGCCAACACGGCACUGGUGCGCAAGUCUCUGUACGACGGCAUUGUCGCUGGCUGGGGCGGCGCUAAGAAUUCGACGCAGUCUUCAGGCUUUGCUCCUGGAACGGUCAAGCCUGCAAACUAA